UCCCCAAAAUGUAGACUAUGUCUAGAAAACAAUAACAAUGUAUCAAUGUUACUAAUGGUUAACAACGCUGGCCUCUAGACUAAAUCUAGAUCUAUCUAGUUUUAGAAUCUCUACAUAGACGAUUUAAAAUCUCAAAUUUAUGUUGGUUCUACAUUUGAAUACGGCAUUAAAAUGAUUAGACUAAAGAGACUUAGAUCUAGAUUGUUAUUGUUAAGAUCUAAAUUACAUUUAUAGGCUAGUGCAUUGAAGUUAUUGUUGGUUGUCAGAUGUAAACAAGAUGGCAGCUAACCAAGCUCUAAACAUUGUUUUGGAAGAAUACACAUUACCUCUACCUCCUGAAGCAGCAAAUUCUACUUCAGGGUUUCAAUACAGAGGUAGAUUAUUUAGACCGUUUUCUGCAACAUACAGGCCUAGUGAUUCCAAUGAGCAGGCAGUCCAAAUUUUCAGCAACAACCAUUUGAAAAAACCACCACGAGCUCAAAGUGCCAAAGGGCGAUUAGAAAAACAAACUAAUUUAACUACAUCGGAAAACUCAGAUUAUCGAGAUAAAAGACUUCAAUCAGUGGUUAAUCUAAAUUUAGUGUCAGAUAUUUCUUCUUUGAACUUGACGCCACAUAAGAGUAAGAAUGACUCGCGCAAACUAAAGAAUGCUUUCAAGAAAUCCAUUAAGUGCUGUGAUCCUGAUAUUUCAGAUACUUCAAAGAAUCCAAACCUUGUCCAACCAUGUGUGCAAGGAGUGAAAGUGAAGCAAAAGGUUUUGGAGGAUAAACCAGCUGUACAAGAUGUUUGGAUCAACUUUGUGAAUCCACAGCCUGAAACCAUUUAUAAUGUCAAACAAGAACUCAGUGAUAAUAAACUUAAUGAUGACCUAACAAAUUUAGCUCUAGGUACAAAACUUGAGGAUAGUGAAAAUAAAAAGAAUUUAAAAUCAAAUGAAAGGAAGCUACCAUCAACUCUAAGACCUUUAGAGCCAUGGCUGAAGCAUUCAACAGCCAUUGAGGUAGUUGGUCUGGAAGCUAGCAAGUGUUGGGUAUUUCUGUCACAUGAUUAUGAAAGUGAAGAUCUUCCAGAGUUACCUGCUCCUCAAUCAGCCAACCAAGACUUGCCUUACACAUGCAUUGUUGAGACUCCAAGAAAACCAGUUAGAAAGAAAUACAAGCAUGCUGUGGUUAAUGGACAUUUUGAGACAGAAGACAAAAAUCACUAUCACAAAAGAAAGGAAAAUGAAAGCAGUAGCAUCUCUUUUAUUAGAAAUGUGCUAGCUCAAAAUGGUGCACGAGAAAUAGUUCGAGAGAUACAGGAACUAGAAGAUCUCAUGAAAGGUAUUGUAUCUAAAAAUAGCACCUGUUCGUUUGUACAAUUUCAAGAUGAGAUUCUGAAAGCCAAAAGUUUAGCUGCCAGACUAACUACAAAGAAACAUGUAUCUAAAGCAUCUGAGAAAACUGAUACUUUUGGCCUUUUAAAACUUUAUAAAGACCAUGAUGAAAUCAUGAAAUUGUUACUAAGGAGACGAGAUCAUUGCUUACAAGAUUUAGCAAAACUGUGUGCUGAUGUUGAAUGUGUGUAACGAGACAUUAAGUUUUUUUAAGAUGAGAUUAUUUGUACAAACUUAACAUGAAAUGUUUGUCAGUGUGUUAGUCUCUAAUUGUUGAUCUUUCUGUUCUUUCUUCCUUACAGUCCAACUAUCAUGGUUAUGAAUGUGUGACAUUAUAGAGUUAAGUAGGCAUGGGUUUCAAUAUGACUGAUUUCAUAUUUUUAUCUAACCAAUCAUCCGAGUCUUAUGGAGUAGUAGCUGUAGUAUGUCUGGUUAGUUCUUCUAUUUAGUAUGCCUGUUUAGUCCUGGUAUUCAGUGUGUCUGGUUAGUUCUUCUAUUUAGUAUGCCUGCUUAGUCCUGGUAUUCAGUGUGUCUGGUUAGUUCUUGUAUUUAGUAUGCCUGUUUAGUCCUGGUAUUUAGUGUGUCUGUUUAGUUCUUGUAUUUAGUAUGCCUGUUUAGUCCUGGUAUUUAGUGUGUCUGGUUAGUUCUUGUAUUUAGUAUGCCUGUUUAGUCCUUGUAUUUAGUAUGCCUGUUUAGUCCUGGUAUUCGGUGUGUCUGGUUAGUUCUUCUAUUUAGUAUGCCUGCUUAGUCCUGGUAUUCAGUGUGUCUGGUUAGUUCUUGUAUUUAGUAUGCCUGUUUAGUCCUGGUAUUCAGUGUGUCUGGUUAGUUCUUGUAUUUAGUAUGCCUGUUUAGUCAUGGUAUUUAGUGUGUCUGGUUAGUUCUUGUAUUUAGUAUGCCUGUUUAGUCCUGGUAUUUAGUGUGUCUGGUUAUUUCUUGUAUUUAGUGCUUAGUUCUUGUAUUUAGUGGGGACUGGUUAGUUCUUGUAUUUAGUUUAGUCUAUGUGAUCAGUUCUUGUAACGACUGUCAUAUAAAAGAACGACUGUCAUAUAAAAGAAUUGAAGACAAAUAUUGUACUGUGUAUUUUAUUUUCAUUUUUUAUAUUCAUAUUGUUAAAUGUAGAUUUUAUACUGUUGAAAUAUCCUUUUUAAUAAGGAUAUAAUCAAUUAAUUAAAUGUUAAAUAUGAAUUUCAAA